AUGGAGCAGGUUCGGCGUUGGGCUAUCCUGACCGCAAGAAAUUUGGGAAAAGUGGACAGAGAUGAUUAUUAUGACUUGCAGGAGGUUUUGACUUGCCUUUUUAAAGUCAUUGAAUUGGGGCUUUUGGAAAGUCCAGACAUUUAUACUUCUUCUGUCCUCGAGAAGGGUAAACUGAUUCUUCUGCCCUCACACAUGUACGAUACCACCAACUACAAAAACUAUUGGUUAGGUAUUUGCAUGUUGCUGACCAUUCUGGAGGAGCAGGCCAUGGACUCACUAUUGCUGGGCUCAGACAAACAGAAUGAUUUUAUGCAAUCAAUACUUCACACCAUGGAGAGGCAAGCAGAUGAUGAUAGUGUGGAUCCUUUUUGGCCAGCAUUACACUGUUUCAUGGUGAUUCUGGAUCGCCUUGGAUCUAAGGUCUGGGGUCAACGUAUUGAUCCUAUUGAGGCAUUUCAAACCAUUAUCAACAAUGUGAGCUACAAUAAAGAGAUCCAAAAUAUACGGAACAGCUCUGUAAGGACCAAGUUAGAACCGGAGUCAUAUUUGGAUGAUAUGGUGACUUGCAGCCAGAUUGUAUACAAUUAUAAUCCCGAAAAGACCAAAAAGGAUUCAGGGUGGAGAUCAGCCAUUUGCCCAGAUUAUUGUCCUAACAUGUAUGAAGAGAUGGAAACAUUAGCCAGUGUGCUUCAGUCAGAUAUUGGUCAAGACAUGCGUGUUCAUAACAGCACCUUUCUGUGGUUCAUCCCUUUUGUUCAGUCCCUCAUGGAUCUUAAGGAUUUGGGUGUGGCUUAUAUAGUAGAGGUUAUUCAUCAUCUGCACUCGGAAGUCAAAGAUGUCCUCAACCAAACAGAUGCCAUGUGUGACAAAGUUACUGAAUUUUUUCUUCUGAUUUUGGUGUCCGUGAUUGAGCUGCAUAGAAAUAAAAAAUGUCUGCAUUUGCUGUGGGUUAGUUCCCAGCAAUGGGUAGAAGCCGUUGUAAAAUGUGCCAAGCUACCUACCACUGCAUUUGCACGGAGUUCUGAGAAGUCAUCUGGAAAUUGCUCCAAAGGAACAGCAAUGAUAUCAUCUCUGUCAUUGCAUUCAAUGCCAUCAAAUUCUGUACAACUGGCUUGUGUGCAGCUGAUUAGAAGUCUCCUUAAAGAAGGUUAUCAGCUUGGGCAGCAAACUUUAUGUAAGCGAUUCUGGGAUAAACUCAAUUUAUUUCUGCGUGGAAAUUUGUCUCUAGGUUGGCAGUUGAGUACUCAGGAAACCCAUGAGUUACAAACUUGUUUAAAGCAAAUUAUUAGAAACAUAAAAGUCAAAGUACCUCAAUGUAACACUUUCGUGGAUCUGAGUCCUGCAGGUAAAAGCUCUCCGGCAUCUUACAGUAAAGAAGAAAGUGAACAAAUAGAGAGGAAGUCCAAUAAAGAUCUACACUGUCUGGAAAACUCCAGCCCAACAUUUUCUAAAGAACCAAUGAAAGCUGAGGCAUAUCAAAUACAAGAGAAUAUAUUGAUUAAAGCAAGUAACACGACAGAAGAGGAUAAUGAGCAAAAUUAUAUAAAAGAUUGGAAACUAGAAGAUCAUCUCUCAGCCGAGUCAUGCAUAAAGAAGAGUAGUAAAAACCUUUUCACUGAAAGAGCUCAAGAUCAAGUUAAAAUAAGUACAGGGAAGCAGAAGUCUGUGAAAGAGAAUUGUACUUCAAGAAAUGUACUGCAGAAUUGUACUUCAAGGAAUGGUCCAGAGAGGGGAUGUGACAGAGGAAUAAUAAUGUCAACACAUUUGUUGACCGACUCUAGCACUGAUUCUCCGGAGAAGCCAUGCACAUCAAAUGAGGAUUUCUCUUUCAAGGAUGAUGCUCUUGGCAAAACCUCAAAAUCAAAAACUAAGGCACAUAAAAAUGAAAUUUGUGCUAAGUUAUCACAUGUAAUAAAGAAGCAACACAGGAAAAGUACUUUGAUCAAUAAUACUGGUAAUUUAGAGGAAAACCUAACUGUGUCUAACAUUGACAGUUUCUAUUCAAGGAAAGAUUCAGGAGGUCAGAAAGGGGAUGGCUUCAUGCACAAUCUCUCUUUAGACCCUCUCGGCAUUCUGGAUGAUAAAAAUGGGGAACAAAAAUCUCAAAACAGUUUAUUGCUGAAAAAGAAACAACUGAAGAGUGAAGAGUUAGAUAUUUUCUCUUCCUAUGAAAACAGCUAUCAAAUACAGGAAUGUCACAUUGAUGAUAAAGAUUUGGUCUCGUUUACAGAAGUGACCAACACUUUCGGGAAGAAAAUGUCUCCCUUCAAAGAUCCUGUGACUGUUCUUGAAUCAAAAGAUAAGGAAAUUAGCAAGAAUACCAGUCAGAUGUCUUCUCACUUGAGAGAACAGGCUCCUGGCCUCAGUCCUCAGUCUGACACCUUAACAGAUUCUCAGAUAGACAGAGACCUCCACAAGUUAUCUUUAAUAGCUCAAGCCAGCGUUAUUAAGUUCCCAUCAGAUUCAACUCAAAAAAGCUCAUCCCAGCUACAAAGAAGAGUGAAAGAUGACAGAAGAUGUUUCCCGGCUGACCAGAAUAAUACUGGGGAAGCCUGUCGGGGCCAGAUUAUUAUUAUUUCAGAUUCUGAUGAUGAUGAUGAUGAUGAAGGAAUUCUGGGUUUUGAGAAACAUAUUAAACAAGAUAAAAUAGGCAUCAAGAAAGAAUGCCCGGAGCAGCAUAUUUCAAUAGCUAGUACGAAUGUGGAAAAGAAGUUAAUAAAGGAAGAGGAGACAAAGUCCGUUUUGCAGUUUGAAGAAUCAGAUUCUCAGUUUUUUGAGUUUGAAAGUCCAUGUGAAGUGUUUUCAGUUUGGCAAGAUCAGGAAGCAGAGAAGAAUUCAGUUCAAGAGAAUGAAAAAAAUUCUUGUUCAACUGGCAUAGCUGAUACCACGAAUGAUUGGGGUUAUGAGACAGAUUAUGUAUCUGAAGAGGUUAUUAAGAAGGUAGCAGAGGGCAUUGAAAAACACACAGAACCACAGAGUAGUAUUUCUGUUGGGGAAUUUUGUGAAAUUGAAGUAAAAAAACGUAAGAGAAAACGAUUUGAAAAACCUAUGGCUGAAGGUCCUCUAAGGUCUUCACCUUCUGAUAGAAACGAGAACGAGCCUGAUAUUCUUAAUGAGAGAGGUCUGACUGAAAAUGAUUUUAAAAGUAUGGACCUAAGGACAGCGAGUCCCAGUUCAAGUGUUCAGAGAGACAAAGACACUACGGUUUCACUGAAGAAGUCUUCUCCAAAGCUUCGUACUUAUUCCAAACCCAUUAGAAGAGUCCCACUUUCUAAAACUCCUAAGAAAACACAUUCAGAUACCAAGAAAGGGCAGAAUAAAAGUUCAAAUUAUAUAAGUUGUAGGACAACUCCUGCUAUAGUUCCACCAAAGAAAUUUCGCCAGUGCCCUGAACCAACUUCAGCAGUUGAGAAACUUGGUCUGAAGAAGGCUCCUCGUAAGGCAUUUGAUUUGUCUCAGCGAUCUCUAGAGUAUUUAGUUCAGUUACGCGACCAUGGUAAAACUGUUGGAGUGGUUGAUACUAGCAAAAAGACUAAGUUAAUUUCUCCUCAGACUCUCUCUGUCAGAAACAAUAAGAAACUGCUGACAAGUCAAGAUCUUCAGUUACGAAGGCAGAUGAGACCCAAAUCACAACAAAAUAGACAAGGACUUUUGGAUUAUGAAAAUAAAGAUACUACAAGAGCAGGGCUGUGUCCAGCACAGAAUUCUGACAUACUUGUCCCAGAAUCAGAUGGUUCAGAUUAUAGUUAUAAAGGAGGAACUGAGGUGGUUGCUAACAACACUGGGAAACAAUUAAUAAAAUGUGUGUCUUCAGAACCAGAACCCAUGAAAACAAAAUAUGUGUCUCAGGUGACCAGUGAUGCUUGUCUUUUGAACCAGUCUGCUUCUGUUGUGUUGAAUGGAAGAAUACCAACAAAGGAAAUCAUUGUCUCUGCUUCAGCAGACCCCUUAGGAGGUGGUGACCCAACAGUACAUCAUUUAGAAUUGACAGUUUUGAAAGACGGAGAGCCUGAAUCCAACAGUGAUACAGAAGAUGAGAAUAUAUUUCUAACACAGCACGAUCCUGAAGAUAUGGAUUUGUGUUCACAGAUGGAGAAUGGUAAUGAGAAACUCAUUGAAGUAGUUCAUGGCAAAGAUACAGCUCAGGUGGAAGAAGAUUCUGUAAGUCGGCCUCAGUUGGAAUCUUGGAGUAGCACAAAAUGUAAGUACAAAGAUUGUGUUGAAACCCCGAAAAACCAGGGUGACUACUGCUCAAAACACUGUGAAGCUAAAGCAGCAGAUGAAGAUGUAUUUCGUAAACCUGGCUUGCCCCUUUCUGCAUCCAAGCCUUCGAGACCUUCCACUGCUAAGAUUUUUAGCUCAAGUAGUACUUCACGAAUUGCUAAUCUUUCCAAGUCUUUGGAAAGUGCCUCUGCACUUCCACCAGCUCUAAAAAAUAAGUCAAAUGGGGCACAGGCUGUUUUGAAAGUCCCACAGCCAGCCUCUGUGUUGUCUCCAAAGCCAGUGGGUGAAGUGAAGAGUUUGUGCAAUGUUCUUCAUCCUCAGACUCCAAGUAAUUCCAUCAGGCAAGGUUACAAGCUAACGUUUGGUGAAAGCAAAUCCUUCUCAGCUUCCUCUCCAGUCCACAUUCUCUUGUCAUCGCAGUCCAUCUCUGACACCUUUGUCAAAGAGGUCUUAAAAUGGAAAUACGAAAUGUUUGUGAACUUUGAUCAGUGCGGGCCCCCAGCAAGCCUUUGUCAGUCCAUCUCAAGACCUGUGCCUGUCAAAUUUCAAGAUUGUGGAGAUUAUUUUAAUGUUUUUUUCCCUUUGAUGAUAUUGAAUACUUUUGAAACAGUGGCACAGGAGUGGAUCAGCUCUCCAAACAAAGAGAAAUUCUAUCAGUUGCAUUUACGAAAAUUUCCUGCUGAUUAUAAAAAAUACUGGGAGUUUGUGGAUUUUAUUUAUUUGAUGCGCAAUGGGAAAUCUGAGUGUUCCCUUUCCAUCCAGACUCAAGAUAAUUUGCCAGUCAAUUUAAAUGAACUCGUGAAAUGCGUUGUAAUCAGUUCUCUGGUAACUACACAAAGGAAGUUGAAAGCCAUGUCUUUGUUGAGUGGACGGAACCAACUGGCCAGAGCUGUUCUGAAUCCAAACCCCAUGGACUUCUGUACAAAAGAUUUACUAACUACAACAUCUGAGAGAAUUAUCGCCUACUUAAGAGAUUUCAACGAAGACCAAAAGAAAGCGAUAGAAACUGCAUAUGCCAUGGUCAAACACUCCCCGUCAGUUGCCAAGAUCUGUCUGAUUCAUGGACCACCUGGAACAGGAAAAUCAAAAACUAUUGUUGGCCUCCUGUACCGCCUCCUGACAGAGAACCAGAGGAAGGGGCAUUCAGAUGAAAACUCCAAUGCCAAAAUCAAACAAAACCGUGUCCUUGUGUGUGCGCCUUCCAACGCAGCUGUUGAUGAACUUAUGAAAAAAAUCAUCCUUGAAUUUAAAGAAAAAUGUAAAGACAAGAAGAAUCCUUUGGGGAACUGUGGAGAUAUAAAUUUAGUACGUCUCGGUCCAGAAAAGUCUAUUAAUAAUGAGGUCCUAAAAUUCAGUUUGGACAGCCAAGUUAACCACAGAAUGAAAAAAGACUUACCUUCUCAUGUUCAGGAGAUGCAUAGAAGAAAGGAAUUUCUAGAUCAUCAACUUGAUGAACUUUCCCGCCAGCGUGCUUUAUGCCGAGGAGGAAGGGAAAUACAGAGGCAAGAAUUAGAUGAAAAAAUUGCAAAAGUUUCAAAAGAGAGGCAGGAACUAGCUUCUAAAAUUAAAGAGGUUCAAGGACGCCCACAAAAAACACAGAGCAUCAUCAUCUUAGAGUCUCAUGUCAUCUGCUGCACAUUGAGCACAAGUGGUGGUUUACUGCUUGAGUCUGCUUUUCGUGGGCAAGGGGGUGUCCCCUUCAGUUGUGUCAUUGUCGAUGAGGUCAGUAGGCGGUCGGCGGUAUGACUUGGAUGUUGCUGUGAGGGCCGAGUCUUGAGGGAACCAUGCUGCUGCUGAGUUAGAGCAGAGUCCUUGUGUAGCUGGUUUUUACCUGCUGUCACAUGUGUGUAGUCUCUUAUGUUGAAAUGUGCUGCUUACGGCCCCCCACGGUUAAAAUGGCUUUCCCAGAAUUGGGAUUAUAUAGUCUUAAGGAUGCCUGACUGUUCCCAACAGAUCCUUCCCAAGGAGAAUCUCGCUUCUGCUUGGAAUAGCUCUGGUUCCCUUUUGAAGCAGUUUUAAUAUAACUUUGGACAGCUCUGAGCCACAAUAUUUUCAGCUAAUAUCCUUUAUUCGUAGUUCAUUCAUUGAGCAAGCAUUUGUUGGGUACCUACUGUUGGCCAGAAUGUAGAGCCAGAAGACAAAAGACGUGGAAAAUGAGAUACAGAGGAUCAAUCCAAGAUCCAGUUUCACCAAAACGAAAGAACAGAAACCAUGGAAAUGUUGAAAUAAUUGAAGAAAAUGUUAUUGAAGAGAAGCUUGAGUCUUGCAGAUGAUGAGGCCUGCGGGGAACAAGGAAGAAAGGGGGUGGCAGGGAGAGGGGGGUCACACAGCCACGCAGUUCCCGUGGGCAAGUGCCCAGAAGGAACAGAGAACAUAGGACUGGGGCAUUACACGCCUUCCAGCCCGUGGCUGGUUCCCAAGUGGUCAUGGUACCCUACUGGUUCCAGCUUCACAAUGCACCUGUGGUGGUUCUUCUUAAUUGAUUGUUUAGAGUGUUUGUUUCUGUUGUUGUUUUAUCUUCUAA